CUGUGAUUUUUAUACCGUCUGGUUUAAAACUUUUUUUAAUAUCAUGUUGAUUGGACAUAUCAUCCAGAUGUUCUAGAGAUGGCAACCGAAAAUGAGGUGCAUUAACAAAAAAUGUUGUUAGGUUUUUCUUGACAGCUGCUGAGCCUAAUACUACGGAAUGAAUUUCGGAAACAACGUAGUGAUCUAUCUACUAAUAUAAUUUUAAAAUUUACCGUUCGCAUCACGUUGCAUUGAGCCAUUAGGAAAAAGAAACGACGAAGCUUUAUUAAAGUUGAAACGAGAUUUAUCUUUAACGAACAAUUAAACAAUAUUGCGAAACAUUGAAAGCCGGAAAAACGAUCAAUUUGCAACCUACACUGAGAAGGUUUUUGUUGUAAGAGAGAUUUCACCGAACGAUGUUUUUGAGAAUGCAUUUCUUUGAAUGUAAUUGACAGUGAUACUACUGUAUUUAUUUUUUUACAGAAAUUCCAUAAGUACACAACUUUUUGAGUGUAGCAAUAAUGAAUAAACUUUAUGAUUUCCGGUCACACACAAAAAAAAAAUUAUAUCUAUUGACAAAUUAAUUGAAUGAACUUUGUGUGAAGAAUAUGUCUUCUUAUAGAAAAAACGAUCAUUCAUUCGAUCGCAUAAAUGCCAAAAGCGCGGUUGUAAGUCUAAUGGGAAGUCCUUACCGUUUGGCAAGUAACCCUUUUACGCCGUCUUAUCACAUAAACAGUCGUGAUCCAGAUUGCACGCUCUUACAUCAGGCACCUUUUCCUUAUGGUAUCCCCAACAAUACUCAACCUUAUAAUAUCUUAUGUACAAGUUUACUUCGUACAGAUUUUUCUCGAAAUAAAAGUUAUUUCACAGAUGUUAAUUGGUUCCCUGAUGCACAAAGAUUCCUUUCCACAAGUUUAACAGGGGAAAUUGUCAUAUGGAAUAGUGAAACGUUAGCGAUUGAGGAUUUUAAACGUUUACCAGCGAGUUCUGGAGGCUUAACAUGCUGUGAGUGGCUUCCUGACAACUCUAUGGCUUUAUUUGGUGACAUGGGAGGUCAUAUUAUUUUAACAAAUGACUGUUUAUCCCCUUUAGGAAUUUUAAUGAAUGAAGUGCAACAUCCUAUUUUAUGUUUAACCCCUUCCCCUACAUCUCUAAAAAUAUGCUCAGCCUCGAAACAUAAUUUUCCUUGUAUUUUCGAUUUGAAAACACAAUCAAAAGAACGCGAUCUCGCAGCAUCCGGAUACGAAAUCAUUUGUUUACAAUGGCAUCCUUCUAAGGGUUUAAUUGCAACAGGUUCUAAAACGAAUCAACUUGUUUUUUGGGAUCCUCGCAGUGCUGCAGCUAUAAAAAUUGUCAUGGCUCACAAUGGUUCUUUGACUUGCUUACAAUUCAAUUCUGAAGGAACAUUGCUUGCCACAAGUGGUCGAGAUACAUUACUUCGAAUAUGGGAUAUGAGGACAAUGAAUUGUUUAUCAGUGCUCCGUCCAACAGACCAGUCGGAUUCUUUUAUUACCAAAUUAGCAUGGCACCCUUUGUACGACUCACAAAUUCUCAUAUCAGGUGAUGCGUCUGGUCGUUUAAUAACAAAUGAUUUAAAUUCUAAGUUUCCCAAAAAUGCUUUGGAUAACAAAUUAAAUUUUACACAAUGCUGUUCUUUGAAAAUACCCAUGUUUCAUGAACAACAAAUCACAGGAAUUUCAUUUCAUCCUUUGGCUCACUUACUGUGUACGACAGGUUUUGAUGGCUCUAUCAAAAUAUGGGGGCCGACUGUUGAAAAGUAUGGUAACGAAUAAACAAUUUUAGUGCAGUUCAAUUUUUAGUCAUAAUGUUUUAUAUCUUUACUACAUAGUUAAAACUAUAUUAACAUUUUUAAAAAUAUCAUUAUAUAUGAAA